AUGAUAGCAUCAAAAAUUUUAACAAAAGUUGAUUCAUGCAUUGUUGGUUCUUGUAAUGAUAAUAGAAAAUUAAAUAUUUGUCGCAAUAAAAGAGAAUAUGGUCUUUCUAUCGAUACAGAGUACCAAUUCGGUCCUCAAAAUAAAAUCAUUGAAGACAGUGAAGAUACAAAACAAAAUACUUAUUUUCAAUUGACAACUUAUCAUAAUCAAGAUAGAGAAAGAAGAAUUCAAUUACCUAUUGAAAAAGAUGUCACUAUUCAAACAGAUCCUUCUAUUAGAGAUAUUAUUUUAGAUAGAGAUAUUCAGGAUAUACAGUUUCACAAAUAUAUAAUGCCACAUUUAGAAACUAAAUUAAAAGUAGAAUGUGGAGGAUGUGAAUUUCAAGAUCAUGAGAUAAAUUUAUGUUUAAAUCUUAAUAAGUUAAAAGUUUGUUUAUUAGAAAAUGAUCAAAACACUGUUAAGAUUUUUAAUCAGGGGAAUUUUGCUUUAGUUGGUUUCGUAGAUUAUUGCAACAUGUUUUAUAAAUUUAAACAAGAAAAUGGGGAUAAGAAUUUUUUAUUUUUCGGUGAAAAUUUUAGUUCAAUAGAAGCUAGAUUAGAUAUUCCAUUCUUUUUGCAUGGUGGAUAUGUGGAAACAUCAUAG